CGAAUUGGGAUCAUUUGAUCAGCUAAAUGAGGUUUUGAUAGUUUUUCGGGUUUUAAUAUAAUUAAUCAUACUGGGCCUUAUUUUAACUAAAGCCUGUAAGGCUUAAUUAAUUUUGGUCCGAUACGUUAGUCCAGUUUAAAAAGCCCAAUAGGGUUUUGGGUAAAAGAAAUAAUAAGAGGCGGAAUAUAUAAGAUCGCCUCACUUUCUAUCACGAGAAACCCUAGUUGGUUGCAGUAGUUUUCUCGUCACAUUUCGGAGCUGAGAGAACCACCGCUUCGGCGGCAACAGAGGACUACAAACUUUGGCGGCAAUCCAGGUGGAGAUCAGCAAUGGUGCACGUUUCUUUUUAUCGCAACUAUGGGAAGACAUUUAAGAAGCCUCGUCGUCCUUAUGAGAAGGAGCGAUUGGAUGCUGAGCUGAAGCUUGUAGGAGAGUAUGGUCUGAGGUGCAAGAGGGAGCUUUGGAGAGUUCAAUAUGCUUUGAGCCGUAUCAGAAAUGCUGCAAGAACUCUUUUGACUCUGGAUGAGAAAGACCCAAAGCGUAUUUUUGAGGGUGAAGCCCUUCUGAGAAGGAUGAAUAGGUAUGGGCUGCUAGAUGAGAGCCAAAACAAACUUGAUUACGUGUUGGCUCUCACUGUUGAGAACUUCCUUGAGCGCCGCCUGCAAACACUUGUGUUCAAGACUGGUAUGGCCAAGUCAAUUCACCAUGCCAGAGUGCUCAUUAGGCAAAGGCAUAUCAGAGUUGGAAGGCAGGUUGUGAAUGUUCCUUCCUUCAUGGUCAGAGUGGACUCCCAGAAGCACAUCGACUUCUCACUUACAAGUCCCUUCGGUGGUGGUCGUGCUGGAAGAGUGAAGAGAAAGAACCAGAAGGCAGCUGCAAAGAAGGCAGCUGGUGGGGACGGUGAUGAAGAGGAUGAAGAAUAAGCUAUUGGCUUUCCUGUAAUGUUUGAUCAAAAUACUGGAUAAUGUUAGACGGUUUGUUUUGCUGUGGUAAUACUGUCUCCUAAAUGGCUUGCCGUGCUUUUAAGGAACCUAAAAUGUAGGAAGUUUUGGAUGCUUUACUCCUGUUUUCUCCCCGUCUUUAUCAGGCUCUUUAUAAGUUAUUGUUUCUUGUUUCUGCACAUUCUUAUGCCUUCUAUUUGUCUUGAUUUGGAAAACUAGGAGAGCAAAGUGAUAACUAUCCAAUGUAGAAAAUUCCGCCUUGUGUUUUAAACUCAUCGCCUAGUGUGACUCCUGCUUAAGUAAUUGUUUAGUCUAGGGGAAUGUCAGGAACUCAUGAUAGCAGAAAGUACAUGUCUUUAUGAUUCCAAAUCAUCCAACUUCUGUGAACUUAAAAGUGUAGACUGUCUCCAAUACGUGGAAAAGAAUGUGGAAAAGAAUGCAGAAAUGUCGUAAGUUAAUGGAAAUUCAAG